AUGGAUCCACAAGCAACCAUGCGGGCGUUCAACGACGCCGAUUUGGAGAGCAUGCCGGCGGAAGUCAUGGAUGUCAUCUGCGACACUGGUGGUCUCUCAUUCAGGGACAACAUGAACUUGCGGCUGACAUCGAGAGCGAUCCGGAGAAGUACGUGGGAGUGGUUCCGGCGCCACACAGUCAAGAUGCCGCAUGGCUCGGACGGUACCCCCAACACUCUACACGUCUCGAUGACGCCCGCCGGCCUCGAUGGCUUUCGUUGGUGGACAAUCCACCAGAAGAACACCCAAGAGAUCAAGACCAUCCACAUCAAUGUGGCACAAUUCAACGCUGGCUGCCUUGAGAAGCUUCGUCAAGACCUCGACAAUAUUCUAAAGUACGAUGGGCUCGCUACUCCUUCAGUCACAUUUAGCCCGCGUCUUACGGGAAAGGUCCGCCAGAGGGUGUCACACUUCUACAUGAAGACAGCACUCAUUGCCCACAGGAGCAAAGGCCUGGACAGCUCAGAUCCCAUGCGCCAUAGCCACAUAUUUGGUAGCAUCAAGGACUUGAUCCAUCUGCGGUAUUUGAAAUACCACAUGGAGCAUGCCGAGCAGGUGCGUAUGAAGUCGGCGGGCGAGGAGUCUAUGCUCUUCAAUGAGGCCUUCAACAGCCUCACUGAGCUGGAGGCGAUGGCCAUCGGAAGCUGGAAUAUUCCAAACCUGUACGAUGAUAUGCAGAUGACGGAGCGGGUGAUGGCCGACCAUCCGAAGGCCUUCAAGUUCAAAGACGAUGUUCCUGCCCACAAGAGGCUGCUGACUUCGGACAGGCCUCAACUGCCCCAUAUUCCGGGCUACGGCACCAUGCUGCGGACAGACACCCUUAAAAGGGUCUUCAACUUGAUGGCAGGCAAUCCCAAGCAACUGAAGAGCCUGAUUGUCCAGAACAACUCGGUAAGCCUGGACCCGAUGUGCGCCUUCAAGCAGCCUACCGAUGAAGAGGCUGGGAUCUGGGCCUUCUGCUUGCCGCAGUCAACGCUUGAGAGCUUGAAGCCAACGUUGGCUAACCUGCGCAAGAUCCAUCUCACGCUUUCCAACGGUGAGUACAACGCUGGGCCAGUCGGCUACACGGCAAAGCAAGACACAGACGCCUUUGUUCGAUUCCUGUCGGCACUGCCGAACCUCCAAACAUUCCAGCUUGCCGCCGCGUCCGAGACGCUAUUCACUGACGACUUCAUCUUUCCAGUGCUCAACGCCCUGCCCCCGACCGUGACGACGAUCCACCUCUACGACUUCAUCGCCUCGGUCCCGACGCUGUGCGGCUUCCUGACCAAGCACAGCGAGACCCUGCUGGAUGUCCGCUUCACGCGCGCCUACCUGGUCAAGGCGUCCUGGACUCCGGUGUUCGAGACGAUGGCGGAGAACCUCACGGCUCUCACUCACUUCUGCUUCGAGCGGCUGUGGGAGCUGCAUCCCGAAUACGCCGACAAGGUCUUCUUCGACGAGGAGCGGGACACGCACGAGGAUGUGUUUGGCGAGCGUACCUACUACGUUCUUGACCACGCCGACUUGGAGGCCGGCAGGUUUGACCAGAGGGGCAACUGGGUGUUUGAGGACAGGUACGAUGCCCUUACUGGGGACGGUUCCGACAUGCCUAUCGAGGACAAACUUGGAAUCGCGAUUGACAGCGAGAGGGAGACCUGGCCGUACAAGUUCCUCGACAGGAAGUUGAUCAACCACGUUUGCAAGGUCUUUGGCAAGCGGGAGGGCGACUUCAAGGUUCCGAAACCGUUUGAUCCAUGA